AUGCAUUUAUCUGCAAAGACGAUCGUAGUUCACCCUUUAGUCUUGCUCUCGGCAACAGACCAUUACAGGAGAAUGGACCAGCCCAGGGUGGUGGGAACUCUUUUGGGAAAGCUCGAAAACGGAGUUGUCCACGUGACAAACUCGUACGCAGUGCCCUUCGACGAGCUGGAGGAGAACCCGGAUGUUUGGUUCUUCGACACGUCCUACAACGAAAACAUGUACAAGCUGUUUAGCAAGGUGAACAACAUGGAGACCAUUGUUGGAUGGUACCACACAGGCGCAUGCCUGCAAAAAAACGACCUUCAGAUUACGCAGGCCUUCAGAAGCUACUGCAGCGACCCAAUACUUGCAGUGAUUGACGUUGAGCAUGCUAAGGAAAGAAGCCCUGUCAAGUGCUACAAGCUGGAGAGAGAAAGCGGCACUAACACGGAGUCCACGCAGUUUGUGUUUUCGCACAUCCCCUUUGUCAUAGAGGCCGAGGAGGCCGAGGAGGUGGGCGUCGAGCAGCUUGUGGAGGACGUAAAAGACGUCAACAUAGGGGAUGUAGAGAAUAAAAUAACUCGCACAAAAGAGGCGCUGGCCGAGCUGUCAAAGGGCCUUGCCACAAUAGAAGAGUAUCUUCUGAGCGUGGAGAACGGAAGCAUGAAGUAUGACAGGGAAAGCAUGAACUCCAUACAGGAGCUAAUGAACAGCAUCCCUCGAAGAAUUCCUGGCGAGAUGGGCGAGUACAUCGACAAGCUGGACGUCAACAGCUUUAUAUGCGCAACGGUUCGCCCCGUUGUGCUUCUAAACGAGAUUGAAAGCAGUAAAUAA